AUUUUUGUAUCGCCGUCAUUCGAGCUGGUUCUCGUUGCUCGAAACAACUGACUAGCUCGAUAUUUUCGAGCAGCCGCAAUCAGAGUGAACCCGGCCUCAUAAACGAACCGCGAUUCUCCGGACCUCGACCAGAAAAACAGAAAUUCACGAAAUUUUGCGGCGCACCGUGUGUUGCCUCGAAUUCCACGUGCCGCGUUGUUUACUGGCCCGUAGCUGUUUUCGUCGCACGAACUCGUCGUACACGUGAAUUAUGGGUAACGUGUUGGCCUCCUCGAAGCCGAUCGCUGGGCCCGGCGGUCUGCCGCCCCCCCUGCCGACAGAAGCACUCCCCGCCCCCACCCCUGAGGGGGCCAACGCGAAAGGGCUAUCUGCGGACUCCGGCGAAUCCAAACCGUUGGAUAAUCCGGGCACCAUGGAAGAUUUACACAAGAAAUGCAAGGAUGUGAUGCCGGUGAACUUUGAAGGAGCUAAGCUGAUCAUCAACAAGGGUCUCAGCAACCACUUUCAGGUGUCCCAUACGAUUAAUCUGAAUUCCUCGAAUACUAGCGGUUACCGCUUCGGCGCAAUGUACGUCGGCACGAAGCAACUUUCGCCAUCGGAAGCGUUUCCCGUUUUACUGGGGGACGUCGAUCCGGCGGGCAAUUUGAAUGCAAACAUUAUCCAUCAGCUAACACCGCAAGUGCGGUGCAAGUUUGCCUCGCAGAUACAAAGCAGCAAAGUGACGGCAGCACAGUUGACGACGGACUAUAAGGGAGCCAACUAUACAACUUCCUUGACGGUCGGUAACCCGAACAUUAUCAAUAACUCAGGCGUCGUGGUAGCCCACUAUCUGCAGGCCGUUACCAACCAGCUAUCGAUGGGAGGAGAGUUCGCCUACCAGUAUGGCCCUGCGGUACCGGGAGGUCAAAUUGCUCUCAUGUCGGCAGCUGCCAGAUACUCUAACGAUCAGUUCACCUGGUCAGGGACGGUUGGAGCGGCAGGUGUACACCUUUGCUACUACCAGCGAGCAAGCGAGCAGCUGCAGAUUGGCGCAGAAGUAGAAACGAGCUUCCGAAUGCAGGAGGCAGUCGCCACCAUUGGCUACCAAAUAGACCUGCCAAAGUCGGAUCUAGUGUUCCGUGGAAUGGUGGAUAGCAAUUGGACGGUUGGUGCCGUGCUAGAGAAGAAACUACAGCCGUUACCCUUCUCCUUUGCUCUCAGUGGCAUUUUGAACCACUCCAAAAACCAGUUCCGGCUUGGAUGUGGACUCAUCGUUGGCUAAGUCAGUUCUGCGAACCGUCUUGCGUUUCGUGUUUCCCCUCCGCUCAGGCGAUCCACAUAAAAAAGCAUUUCCUUCAGAAUUCAAACACAUUCGUACAGAGUAUGGACUUGCAAAAUGCCGAUAAAGUAGGCGAUGGCGUCUGCUAAGGGAAAGCUUGUGCAACAACUACCUAGCAACUAGCUGCCCCGGUUCUACAACACCUGGUGAGAGAAUUUAAUCUACAAAAUAGCGAAACAAGAGAAACUAAAAGUUCUAAUUCUAAAGAACAAAAAGACACAUCCUUUCUGCCAUACCCCCAUAGUAUAUUUGUUAAUCCCGUGUGCUUCGGACAUACUGAUGCUGUCUACUAUCGUGCACGCGUGCAUUCGUAAGGUUCCACCUUCCCCCCGUAUAACUGCCUCUAUAUCGUAGUCGUGUAUGCCAUCGAGCGUAAUAAAUAGGACGCCAGUGCGUACGUGAGAAUUACAAAAAAACAUCGCAGUAAUCAUAUAUGGCACAGAGCGAGUGACGACAGUUUACUCUUUUACGUUUA